ACCCCCGCGUUGUGCCGGCUGUGCUCGCCCAGUGGCGGCGCAUGCUGUUUGAUCACGUGACCCACGCUGCCCUUCAAACUCCCGUGAAUGGUGGGAAGAAGCCCUGCAGUUUAUUCGCGUUUAUACGAACACAGAGUUACUGAGUCAUGUCGGAGACUUCUUCAGAUACAAAAGUGGAGCAGCCAGAAAACAGCUCAUCUAACGUAGCCGCCGAAGGAGGGGGGAAGGAAAGUGGAGACGCACAAACUGCCGGUGUCAAACGCGAAGGGGAGAACGAGGUCACUCCAUCCACUGCCAAAAAGUCUAGGGGCUCCACAGAGUCCUCUAAGUCCACACGGCCGGCUCGUGAGAGCAAGACCGCUGCAACACGUCGGCUCAGCAGCUUGGAAGUAGCGGCCAAGGAGGGAGAGGCUCUCCUGAAAGAAUUGGGCCACAAGGACACCAACGACGCCGAUACAGGACGGCGGCGCACACGCUCCCAGACCCGGCCCACACCGCCAGCACCUCCACCAGCUAAGCAGAAGAAGGAGGAAACUCCGCGGCAGUCCAAAUCGACACGGGGCAGGAAGAAGCAGGCAGCAAAGCAGGAGGAGGAGGAGGAGCCUGAAGAAGCCGCAGCUGGGGAGGACAAGACCAAGGAGAACUCAAGUGACGCCGAAAAGCAGAACGACGCAGAAGAUCACAAGGAGGAGGAGGAGGAAGAAGGAAAGGAAGCAAAGGGAGAUGAAAAGAAGGAAGAAGUGAACAACAAGGAAGAAAAGAAGACCGAAGCACCAAGUACGGACGCAGAGGAGGCCACGACAAAGGCGCCAGCCCCGACGUCUGCCCCCGCGACGUCUCCGGAAGAUGUGGCUGCCUGAUCCCUCCCUUGCGCCAUCUCAAAAUUCCCAUCUAACAUUGUCAUGACAGGAACCUCCCAUGUUGGUCAUCACACUGCAUGCACAUCUGUACGGGCUGAGCAGCUGCCGUGCCCAUACUUUGUAUGAUCAGUUUAAUUUGCAUAACAUGUUUUCGAAAGAACCUGCAACAUUAUUGUUACAAUUGUGAUGGUUGUAAUAGAGCACUGACAAGGCUUGAAUUUAGCACCACCUUGAACUGCUCUACAGCAGGCCCCUACAAAACAAGCUGCUUUUCCUUUUCUUUGGGUGCAAAUGUUAAGCAAAUAUAAAUGUGGUGUGAGCACAGCUAGGACCUUUGAGCCCAGCAGGUUGAUCACAUGCUGAAGUGAUGUUUCAUUAGUCUCAGUUAUUGAUUAACUUUCCCAGUGCAUCUAUCGUUCAGCCAUUUCUAACGCAGAUAUCACAGAAAAACAUGUCCCUCCUUUGCUUCAUCAAGGUUUAUUCUAAGAAGAGUUCUUUUCAUAAUUACACUGUAAAUACACAUCUUGCAGUUCAUUGUUUUUGGGCUUAUGACACAUCAGAACAAUAUCUGACGUAAUAGCCCAAAACUAGGUGGGAAGGGAGAGUAAAAACAAAAAAGCUUCUAUACCUAUUGAGGAGGCUGUGUAUCGGAACUACCCAUUCGCGUUUGUACCUUUCUCAAAACUCCACAAUUGUCUCGACCUGACCCGAGCACAGUUCUCACCGACGCGUGCAUUGUACACUCCCAGUGCUGCCUCGGAACCACCUGAAGAAUCUUACCCUGCAUGCCGGUUGAAUAACGAGACUUUCCAAGAAACCCCAGUGGCAUAUCAACACAUUGCUCCUACUGAUUUAAUACGAAUGUAAUAGUUACAAAGGUGGCAGUGACACUUUGUCUCCUGCAGUGGUGGAGCUUGCUUUGUAGCUACCGGAGCUACAGAACUUACGCACAGUCCAUUUUCAUUUUAAUUUCAUUGUAUCAGUAGCCUUUGAAGUGUAAGCAGCGUUGGGCUGGGAACGCUCAACGUACAGUUUGUGCCCCCAGGCAACCCCAGAUAGGUUUUUCGAGCAAGGACAUUCUGAAAGAUGAUUUGUCGAAGUUUUCAAGGAUUGCAAAGAGAGAAAGGAGACUCGGGGAAUGGGAAGUUUCAAUAACCACCUUCUAAGCAAGAGCAUAAGGGUCCGUAUCAUGCUGGGCAGUGUCGGAGCGUAUGGGUCCCCACAAAAGUUCAUGGAACACCGGAGUAACCUACAUCGUUAUCAAAGCGGUAUCCCUCGCAGCAAACAGGAGCAGAUCGACUUGCAGACAGGUGACUCAAUACACCUCUCAGUAGGUGUCUGCACUCCUGUUCGCUGCUACGGUCACUCCGAUCAAGAAAUGCGUCGCUCUGGUGUUCCAUAAACUUUUGUCUGGACCUGUACUUGCAGAAGUGGUUUUGUUGGAGCUUGUGCACCUUUUUUUGUACUUGACAGUAGUUUUGUAUGAAAAGCAUGUGAGCUUCUCAUGCAAAUCCGAGUUGCGCAUUUACGGAAUAUAAUGUGCGGCCCGUUGUUGCACAAUUUUCUUGCGUGUAUUUCUUGCGCUAGUUACGGCUUCGCUCCCUUUGCUGAAUGUGGUUCGGAGCUUGCUUUCCUUUCUGUAAGCAAGGCCACACAUUUUCAGGCAGUUCUGAAAACAGCUAGACAUUUGUAGACAUUAGUGAAGUCAAAGUCACACGGGGAAAAGCAAUGUUAUACAUAAGAAGAGGCUGGAUUUCCAGUUAAGGACAAUGUGCAGAGUGACCUCCCAAUUGUAUUAUGCAAUGGCAUCUCAUCCUACAUCUCAUCAAUGUGAGUGCUCUGUUUCAUGUUAUGUGAGUCAGUCAUAACUACAGGUAAUAAAAUUCUCAAUAACACAA